AUGGCCGACUACAAGAAGCUCAAGGCUAGUGAGCUUGCGGAGCUCCUGGAGCGUCGUGGGUUGGAAGGUGGUGGCACCAAGACGGAAAUGCUCUCCCGCCUCGUGAAGCAAGACACCGAGGAGUCAGCAUUUGAGAAAGCGACCAGUGCAGCAAUCCGCGCUGCGUCCGCGCCCACUUCCGCCCCGGCAGGUGGCAAGGAGAACGACAAAGAUGAAGGUACGUGGGUGGAGCAAACCAAGAGCGGUGCGGAUCGUGCUGGUGCGGGCCGGAAGAGUGAGGUUAUGCGUAGGGAGCGACUUGAAAAGGCGAAGAAGGGGAAGAAGGUGGGCGACGGGGGUUUCUACGGCGUGCUUGGAGAGGACGCCGAGGGUGGCGAGAAAGAGGGGGACGUGGAUGAAGAGGCGUUUGUGAAGGACUUGCUGGCGAAGGGUGGGAUGGAGCGUGGGUAUGCGAAGACGGCGGCUAAGGCCCCAGAGAAGAAGGGUGGCAUUAUCGUCAAUAUGACUCCCGCGACGGUCCCCAUGCGCGGACGCCCACGUACGCGCAACGAGCGGUACACAUCUUCGACCCUUGUUGCUGCGAACGACGACGAUGGCGCGCUGAGCGAUGCCUCGACUAUCCGCGCUGACUCGAUCGUGGCGCCAAAGGAUAUCCCGCUACCCAAGGAUGUCGGAAACUUCGAGAAGAGCGGCCAGAACGGAAAGAAGCGCGACAGGGCUGGAAAGAAGAAGGUCAGCGCCGAGAACAAGCUGAACAACGCCACUAUCAGUGACUCCGCCUCUGUGUCCGACUCUAGCGCAGCAAUGGGCGUCCUCCUCUUGGCCAUCUUCAUCGCGGUGGUUUAUCUCUUCGCGUUCAAGCCGGAUGAUGUGCGAAGUAUGUGA